UAGUAGUCAUUUUAUCUGGAGAAAUCUGAGGAAGUUUCCUUAAAAUUCCUUCCUUUAACGGUGUUCGCUACAAUUUCUUGGCGGUUAAUAUUAACUAAUGUUCUUUCUCUGUCUCGCUUAUAAAUCUUGAGUACCUCAUUCGGUUCUUUGAAUUUUACCCGAUUUUCAUAUGAUACCCUUUCGCAUAAUGGAUUCUAGAAAUUCCGAGAUGGAAGAGUCCAUCUCACCGCUUAUGGCAAAUAGGAAUGCGAUGAGGGACGAUCGUCCUGGGAUACCGCAAUUGUUUACAUCAGUGCCAACUCUCAAUGAUGCUGCUUCUUAUCUCGCGGAAACGACGUCUAUCUUCACUCGCUGCUUCACCGAUAUUUCGAACUUAAAAAGCUUUGGCCACUUCUGCUACUCUUUCUCAUUACCAAUACGACCUGUAUCUGAAGACACUGAUGGGCAGGAAAUGUUGUCAUUUGUUUCUGGAGAAGCCAGAGUCUUGACUGAUAACAGAAAUGCAUCGCCAAGUGCAAGUGUUUCAUCUGUAUCUGAAUCAAUUGAUACCAAGUAUGCUGCGCCGGUAGUCCAUAGUGCAAUAACCAGGAGCACAGCUGGAGAGUCUUCUCAAAAUUCUGAUGUGCUUUUGCAAUCAAAUAACACUAACCAGAGUGGCAUUUCCAUCUUUCAGGGCCUCAUUGAAAGGGUGAGGAGGACUGUUCGAGGCUCUGCUGAUGACAUUGGAUGGCUACAACAAGCAGUAGACAUGCCACCCGUUGAAGAUGGAACUGGAAGAUUCAUGGAAAUACUUGAUGAUAUAAGGCAUGGUUUGCACUGGUUGCCGAACACAAUGGUCUACUUGUUAGUACCAGGUCUUUUCAGCAACCAUGGACCUCUUUAUUUUGUGAACACAAAAACAAGUUUUUUGAAGAUGGGCCUCACCUGUCAUAUAGCCAAAAUUCACAGUGAGGCUUCAGUGGAGAAGAAUGCCAAAGAGAUAAAGGAAUAUAUAGAAGAAAUAUAUUGGGGUUCCAGGAAACAAGUUUUGCUACUUGGCCAUAGUAAAGGUGGAGUGGAUGCCGCCGCCGCUUUAUCCAUGUAUUGGGAUGACCUGAAAGAUAAGGUUGCUGGAUUAGCAUUAGCACAGAGUCCAUAUGGUGGUAGUCCAAUUGCUUCAGAUAUCUUGCGUGAAGGUCAGCUUGGCGAUUAUGUUAAUAUCCGUAAGCUGAUGGAAAUCCUGAUUUGUAAAGUGAUAAAGGGUGACAUGCAGGCUCUAGAAGAUUUAACUUAUGAGAGAAGGAAGGACUUCCUGAGAAAAUACCAUUUACCCGAGGAGCUCCCCGUUGUUUCUUUUCAUACUGAAGCGAGCAUUUCUCCAGCUGUCUUGGCCACGUUAUCCCGUGUUGCCCACGCAGAACUACCUAUGUUUUCCCCUCUGUCUGCUGGCCAACCCACGACGCUUCCUGUUGUGAUCCCUCUUGGUGCUGCAAUGGCAGCCUGUGCGCAGCUGCUUCAAAUUAGGUAUGGUGAGAAGAGUGACGGGCUGGUAACUCGCCGUGAUGCAGAGGUUCCAGGCUCAGUCGUGGUUCGGCCAACACGUAAGCUAGAUCAUGCUUGGAUGGUUUAUUCAUCUUUAGAUGAUGAUCCAUUAGAGGCGAAUGCUUCUCAAGUGUGUGAAGCUCUUCUGACCUUGCUUGUUGAGGUUGGGCACAAAAAGAGACAUGAAAUUACCAGGAAAGAUGAGUGAAACACUUGAAUUACCUUUCAAGUAUUAGUCGAAUCAAUUCUUUGGUUCUUUUUAACUGGUUGGAGAUGUAGUGGUAGUGCACAAUACAAUGUCAAUGCAGAGAGUUAUAAUUUCUAGACCUGGCUCUCAAUUAGUGGGAUAUGUACAUGUGUUAGGAAAGUGUUGUAGGCAUCAUGGGAGUGCGAGCUGUGAAUUGAACUAGAAAUAUUUGGCUCAGCACUUGAUUGUAUUCUGACGAAAGGGAAGGGCUAUUACAAUCAUUCCUACUCGCCAUUUUGUGUCAAAAACUAUCUUGUUUCCGCCUCUAGUGCUCCACACCUUGGCUUUCCCA